AUGGCUGAUGAUGACGAAUAUGCAUGUGCCAACAGAGCACAAUUAAAAAUCAAAGAUAAUUCUGGAAUCAAAAAGAAAAAGAAGAAGAAGAAGGCUAACAAAGAAACUGAGAAGAUAAUCGAAGCUGAAGUAAAGCAACAAAUCAAACAGCAACCCCCGACAGAUCAGAAAACUAAAGCUGAGAAAGCCUUUCAAAAAAUGCAAGAGAAAAUGCAAAAGCAGAGAAUUCUUCAUAAAGCUGAGAUGACUCAUAAACAGAGAGUUGAAAAGUUCAACCAACAUUUGGACAGUCUAACAGAACACUUUGAUAUUCCUAAAGUAUCUUGGACAAAAUAA